CUCCACUCUCCUAUCCCACCUCACUCCGUUUGUGCGGCCGCGUGGAGCUGCCUGCCGCGGCGCUGCGGCCGCGCUCCGAUCCCGAGCGAGCGAGACACCCCCGCUCCCCCGCCGCGAGACCUCGCGCGGCUCCGACGCGAUCGGCGCCGUCGAGCCACCCCGGACCCUCCCCUCGCGUGUGGAGCUCCAGUUGGCUCAGGGAUUGUGUCCAUUCGAGAAUAUGGCUAGAAAGAGGAACCCAAUUGUCUUUCUGGAUGUAUCCAUAGGUGAUGAACAGGAUAGUGAAAGAAUGAUCUUUGAGUUGUUUGCUGACGUUGCGCCCCUGACGUCUGAGAAAUUCAGAGCUUUAUGCACAGGUGAGCUGGGAAAGACUAAGAAGCCAUUAUGUUACAAGGGAUCAACCUUCCACCGUGUCAUCAAGGGUAUCAUGGCACAAGGAGGUGACUUAGCAAAACGAAGUGGGUCUGGUGGAGAAAGCAUAUAUAGUGGGAAAUUUGCAGAUGAAGCUUGUGUCCUACGCCAUGAUGAUCGUGGUCUGUUGACAACGGCAGAUACUGGCUCCCAGUUCUGUAUUACUUUCCAGCCUAAUUCUCAUCUUGACAGAAAACACACUGUUUUUGGCAAGCUUGUCAUUGGAAAUGAUGUGUUGAAGAGGAUCGAACAAGUUGAUGUGGAUGCACCUGAUUCGACUCCCGUUGUUCCAGUUAGGAUAGUAGAUUGUGGGGAGCUCACUGACCGCAAACAUGAUCAAAAGAGGGCUGCCAAAUCAAAGUUGUUGAAGGAUAUAUCUUCCGAUGAGGAAAGUGAUGAAGGACAACACAAGGGACGUCGUAAAAAGUCUUCAAAAAGGAAAAGGAAGAAGAGGAGAUAUUCUUAUUCGGAAUCAGAUAGCUCUUCUGAGUCAGAGACUGAAUCAUCGGAUUCUGAGAGCGAUUCUGAUACUUACUCCAGUGACUCAUCUGAUGUCAGCAGCUCAAGUGAUGACAGACGAAGGCGCAGAAAGAGACACACAAAGAAAAAUAAACACAAGCGUUCAAGAAGAAAGCGCGACCAUAGGCGUGAGAGAAGGCGGAGGAAGCGUGAUAGGAAAUCAAAACACAAGUCAAAAAGGAUGUUAGAGAGUGGCAGUGAAGCUGAAAGUGAGAGUGAUAGCAGCUCUGAGGAUGCUAGAAGCAAGCGACACCGUCGUGGGCGGAAGUCCAAGGCAUCAUCUCAAGUUUCUGCGGAAAAUCUUGCUGCAGUUGCUGUUUUGAAGGAAGCCACAUCAACUCAACAAAUGAGUGGAAUGCCAAGGAGUCCGGCACAAGAAGACAACUCCCCCCUGCAAAAUGGGGAGAUCCAUAAUAAUGGCGUUAAUGAAUCAAAAACUGAAAGGAAUGCAGCUACCAUGCCUGUUCUAACUGGCAAUCGAAGCAAAUCUAGGAGCCAGAGCAUGAGUGCUAAUCACUCAAUGAGCAAGAGUAUGAGUAUCAGUCCAAGGAGAAGCCCGAUCAAAAGGUCAAUUACAACCCCGAAGAGAUCAGCUAGCAGGAGCCCUGUUCACCAUAGUCGCAGUAGAAGUCCUGUCCGUGCUCCCAAAAGAAGUAAAACCAGGAGUCCAGCUAGACAGCGGAGCAUCAGCAGGAGCCCUGCUAGAAGAAGCCCCAGCAAGAGCUCACCCAGAGAGGCAAGCAGAAGCCCGACUCCCCGCAUAAGCAGGAGUCCUGUUAAAGCUCAAAGAAGAAGCAUUAGCAGGAGCUCAGCUAGGUCCAUGCAACGAAGAACUCCAAGCAGGAGCCCGGAGAGGACUCAUAUACGUAAAAGUGUCAGCCCAAGCCCACCUGUGGAGAAGAGAAGAAGCAUUACCCGGACCUCUUCAAGAUCUCCAUUGCGAAGUGUUAGCCGGAGCCCUGUUAGGUUUUCAAGGAGCCCACAUAGGCCUGCCAGGAGAAGCCCGAUGAGAAGUCCCCGAAGGAAUAUACGUAGAAGCCUGAGCAGGAGCCCUGUGAGAAUACCUAGAAGAAGUGUGAGCAGAAGCCCUGUAAGAGGUGGUCGAUCUCGCAGGAACACUAGCAGAAGUCCCAGUCCACCUCGCAGGGCAAUAUCACCACCACCAAACAAUGGGAGGAGCCCAUCCAGGACUGGCUCUCCUGAUGGGUCUCCAAAACGCAUAAGGAGGGGACGUGGUUUUACUCAGCGGUACUCAUUUGCAAGACAAUAUCGCUCACCUUCUGCUGAUCGCUCGCAUCGCUAUGGUGGAAGAAGUGACCGUGACAGAUACAUGGGUUACCGGGGUUCCCGCCAUAGGUCACCUCCUCGACGAUAUAGAAGCCCACCCAGAGGCAGACCAUCAUCACCAAGGUACAGGAGGAGGAGCCGAAGCACCUCACGCAGCCCUGUCCACAGAGAGCGACGAAGGGGAGGUGGCUACAGCAGAAGCCCUGUACGGAGUCGUUCGCCCCCUGCCGGGAAACCAAGGUCACGCGGUGAGCGUGCACGGUCAGUCUCCAGGAGCCGCCUGUCCGGGUCACGAUCAAGGUCUCCACCACCAGCACAUGAUCGGUCCCCACCAGAUUCCCCGUCUCCUAAGCGUGCAAGUGAUGAGAAGUCUCGGUCCCCGUCUCCAUCCCAGUCCCGUUCGGUGUCUGCAAGCCCAAGUCCUGGAGGCAAGAAAGGCCUGGUUUCCUACGGAGAUGGCUCCCCAGAUUCUGCUGGGAAGUAGGGGGCAGUGAAAUGUUUUUACUACCUUUUGGCAUUGGCUGUUGAUCGAUCCAUCGGCACUUUAUGUUAAAAUUAAGUUGCUACUGGUAGUCGGUAGAGAAGCCGUUUUGAUACUUGAGGAGCCCCUGGUGGUGUUAUGGCUGUAGAGUGUUGCAUAUGUUGUUUGGGAUGAUGAUCUUGGAUGCGGUUCAGUUGUCUUCAGACAAAUAAUCUGUGCCUAGCAUAUGUUUUUGUAGAACAUGUUGCACGGUUUCUAUUCGUCGGUGGAAUCAAAUGAGAAUCAUAAUAAUAUCUUGUUCUUGGAUGCCAUUA